AUGCGAAAGUCCAUCUGGGCCCUCCUGGGCCUGGCGUUCGUGCCCCAGGUGCUGGCGGCCGACACCCUGAGCACCGACGGCUUCGGUCUGUGCAUGACCGAUUCCGACAUCACCGUCACCAAUCUCGAUGUCACCUACACUCGUUCGACUAAAGAAGUGGUCUUCGAUUUGGCUGGUACCAAUUCGAAGGAACAGAAUGUCACCGCCAAUCUGAAGGUGACCGCCUAUGGCAAUACAAUCUACACAAAGACUUUCAACCCAUGUGGUAGCGACGUCCAUGUGGCCAAGUUGUGCCCAGUCCCCUCGGGAUCCUUUUCCGCCAAAGGAAGUAUGACGGUUCCCGAUAGUUACGCCUCGGAGAUCCCUUCUAUCGCCUUCGCCAUCCCCGAUCUGGAUGGACAGGCCCAGCUGACUUUAAAGUCCACCGACACCGACGAGGAUGUGGCUUGUGUUGAGUCCGAGCUGUCUAAUGGAAGGACCACCAGCCUCAAAGCUGUCAGCUGGGCCUCGGCUGGCAUCGCGGCCGGCGCUCUUGCUCUGAGUGGCAUCUCUGCCCUCAGUGCGGCUGGUCAUCCCGGUGCCAGCCCCUCCAGCCCGGGCUUUGGUGAUGUGAUGGGCUGGUUCCAUAGCAUGGCCACCAAUGGCAUGCUGAGUGUCAGCUAUCCUACCGUCUAUACUAGUUUCACCAAGAACUUCGGCUGGAGUACCGGUUUGAUUUCCUGGAAAAACAUGCAAGAAUCGAUCGAUUCUUUCCGGAAGGCUACCGGCGGCAACCUGACCAAUGAUAGCUAUGUCUACCUGACCAGCUUGAGUAGCUCAUCAUCAAACAGCAGCUCGACCAAGCGGAGUGUGGACUUGAUGCGCCGUUCUGUCAACCUUCUGCCCCGCUCUGACUCCAACAGCACUGACUCCAGUAGUACCGUGUCGACAAUAAAGUCGUUCGCAGAGGAGGCUAUGAUUCCUUCGGCCAAUGUCUUCAUGACCGUUCUGUUGGUCUUCGCCAUUGUUAUCGCCGUCGUUGUCAUUUGGGCUCUGUACGGCAACUUUCCCAAGAAGUUGACCAACUUCCGCAAGGACUACUGGGGCAUCAUGGCUCGGACCAUUACCAACAUGAUUCUCGUUCUAUACAGUAUUUGGGUGCUGUAUUGUAUCUACCAGCUCAAGAAUGGUGAUUCAUGGGCAGCAAAGCUGUUGGCAGCGGUGACUCUGGUUGUCUUCACAGGCGUUCUAGCCUUCUUUGGAUGGCGCAUCUUCUACAUGGCCCGCAAGUAUAAGAGGGCCGAGGGUGAUACUACUUCUCUCUAUGACAACAAGGACACCUGGCGCAAGUAUAGUCUGUUCUACGACAACUACAAGAAAGACUUCUGGUGGCUGUUCGUGCCCAUUAUCGUAUAUGCUUUGGCCAAGGGUUGUAUCAUUGCCGGUGCUGAGGGCCACGGCAUGGUGCAGACCAUCGGUCAGCUAGUUGUCGAGGUUCUUCUGCUCUGUCUUCUUGCGUGGAACCGCCCUUACGCCCGGAAAUCGUCCAUGGGAAUCAACAUCACCAUCCAGAUCGUGCGAGUCCUUUCCGUCGCCUGCAUUCUGGUCUUUGUGGAGGAGCUUGGACUCUCACAAACCACCAAAACCGUGACUGGCAUCGUCCUCAUCGUGGUCCAGUCCACUUUGACCGGCGUGCUCGCAAUCCUCAUUGCCGUCAACGCCAUCAUCACGUGCGUCCGUGAGAACCCUCACGCCAAGCGCAAGAGGGAAGCCGAGAAAAAUAAUCGGGACCUUGAUGAUCUCACCCCCUUGGAUGCUCGCGAGUCUCUCUUGAUCGAGCACCCACAGAAGAGGGACUUCACCGAGAUGAGCAAGUUCAACUUCACCGGUCCAUACGAACCGUAUCGGGAUAUGCCUCACCGAUCCGACUCAACCGGCAGCAAGGACCGUCUGGUGUAUGCGGACUACGGCGUAGCACGCAGCUUGAGCCAAAAUUCUGGACACGAUGGUCGCCACAGCCCGCCACUCGAGGGCCGUCAACCAACCAAGCCUGGCUACGGCAUGGCGUAUUAG